AUGUCCGACGCUGGUGAUUGCGAGUCGCACUCCAAGCCUCACUCUAUGUCCCAAGUCAGAGAGCGAAUACCAGGUCCAAACCACCACACUUCUCCCCCUUCUCCUUCUGUCAAUGCCACCUACCAAACCACACCCGACAAUGGGGGAGAUGACCUCAAUUACUUCAGUGGCCCUCGGGAUCUCCAACGACACUCCAAGUGGCCUCUUGUCCUUCAGCUCCACGGCUCUAUCAUGCCGUCGCUGAUCAUCCCGCUUUUACUCGUUGCUUGUUGGGCAACCGCCAUUACCGUCAUUUCCAAGAAGGUCCAUGAUUUGAGUGUCAAUUCUGUUCUUCUUACCAUUCUUGGUUUUGUAGUUGGUCUGAGUCUUUCAUUCCGGUCAUCUACUGCCUAUGAACGCUACGGUGAGGGCCGCCGAUACUGGGGAACGUUGGCCACUGCGUCCCAGACCCUUGGCCGUGUUAUCUGGAUUCAUGCCGAUGACAGCGGUGCUGGCAACCAGGACCCCCGUGAGAUUCUGAUCAAGAAGCUUGGGGCUCUAAAACUUAUCGCUGGCUAUGCCGUCGCUCUUAAACACACCCUCCGUUUCGAACACUGUGCCAGUCAACCAGACAUGCAGCCAUAUAUUGCGCACCUGACUACCUUCUCUGGAAGGACAGCCGCGCCGACGAAGCGGGCCACGACAUUUGGCAAGUUUGCCGGCCACUAUCUCGGUCUCUCCUUCGCUCAAAGUGAUCCUCGAAAGCAUCUCAAGAGAGCUGAAGAACACCAAGGAAACCUUCCUCUUGAGAUCUUGAACCACUUAGCGAUAGCCCUUGACUCUAUCAUCGGCAACAAACAACUGCCAGUCUCUAUUCACCAGACCAUCGCUUAUAACCAUCUCACCACCCUCAACGACGUCGCUGUCGGUUGCGAUCGUGUCCUAAACACUCCUUUGCCUGUCGCAUACACCAUUGCCAUCAGUCAGAUUACCUUUGUGUAUGUCAUGUUAUUGCCGUUCCAGCUGACCGGUCCACUUGGCUGGAUUGCCAUCCCGGCUACUAUUACAGCGGCCUACAUCAUCUUUGGCUUGUUGUUUAUCGGCCAAGAGAUUGAAAACCCUUUUGGUCAUGAUGUCAAUGAUCUACCGCUAGACGUUUUCUGUGAACAGAUUGCAAACGAUCUUGACAUCACUGCAUCCUUUGAUCGACGCGCAGCUGACCACUUCUUGCUUGGAGGGACGCCGUUACACCCUAUCAGUUCUGAUGUGGGCCACACCUGGAUGGAGUGUAGUGAGGAAAAGCUUAGAGAGUCUAUCAGAAACAAACCUCAUGUUCUGUUCAAUUGGCGACGCCAGGGCCGAAGUAGGCCAUCUCCUACAGGUGGCCAGACUAAGGAAAGUGAUAGAGACAUGGUUUGA